AGAUAUGAUUAAAACCUUGGACAUUCAGUCCAUGGAAAAGUUCAUCUCAAAGCUACGGGUCACCAGCUCGGGAUCACUUCCCAAAUUCAUACGAUCGUUUGAUAUCUUUUUGCCAAUACUACGUGGCGACAGACAAGCAAUCAAAAGAAUUGCUAUUGAAUUAUGUGAAGAUAAAGCGAAUGAGGGCGUAGCAUAUUUUGAAGCCUCGUAUUGUCCCCACUUACUGGCGGAUAAUGAUGUUGGUGUUAGUGUAGAGGAAGUGGUCCGAAACGUUAAUGAAGGCUUUAGUGAAGGUUACAAAAAAUUUGGCGUAAAAGCCAAUAGUAUACUCUGUAUGCUGAUAACUAAGCCAGAAUGGUGCGCGGACGUCGUGCGUCUCUGCGACACGUACAGACACCUUGGUGUGGUCGGAAUUGGACUAGCUGGGAAUGAAAAUGAACCUUUAGGCAAAGAAUACUUCGAUAAUAUGAAGGUAGGAAAAAUAUAUCAACCUUCAAUAAGCCAGUCAGCUAGCUGCGGGCCGAUGCCGAGUGGGGCAGACGGUGGGAUAAUACAAAUUGUAUUAAGAAAAAUAAUUCUUCUAGGCCUAGUACCGGUAAGAUCAGGUAUGAGAGUGCAAUUUCCGGGAACCUAAGUCCAUAUUCUCAAAAUGUUCUCACAUCAUCUCCGACCAUGGUGGUGUUGAGGAGGUGUCGAUUCUCACGCAUCCACUACCGCCAAAUCCUGUAUCUGCCCCAUGUUAGGCCUAUUCAUAUAC